AUGUAUGUAUGUAUGUAUGUAUGUAUGUAUGUAUGUAUCUAUGUAUGUUUCAUUCUUUCUUUUCUCUUUCUUUCUUUCUUUUAUUCCUUCUUUUUUCUUUUUGUUCAUCAUUUUCUUUCCUUCCUUUUUUCUUCUUUUUGUUCAUCAUUUUUUCUUCCUUGUUUUUUGUUCAUCUUAAUUCUUUUUUUUUUGUCAUCAUUUUUUUCUUCCUUCUUUUUUGUAUUUUUGCUCAUUUUCUUUCCUUCCUUGUUUUUUUUCUUUCCCUUCCUUUUUUUUUCUUUUUGUCAUCAUCUUCCUUCUUUUUUUUAUUUUUUCAUUUUCUUUUUCCUUCCUUGUUUUUGUUCAUCAAUACUUAAUUCCUUUUUCUUUUUGUCAUCAUUUUUCCUUCCUUCUUUUUUUUUUUUUCUCAUUUUUUUUUUCCUUCCUUGUUUUUUGUUCAUCAUUUCCUUUACUUAA